UGAAAGAGAGAGAGAGAGACAGACGGACAGACAUGCGGGGUGGAUAAACGUGGAGGGGAGGGGGGAGAGAGAGCAAUGUAACACUGGGAAAAAGUUGAUUGGACAAAAGCCACGCACUGCUAUGGCAGUGAGGGAGAGACUAAGUGCAGUGAGCAGCGGAUAUAAACAGUAAAGGUUAAUUGGACAGGUGAGCAGGUGAGGAACACGAGAACUCGAGAAGGAGGAAAUCAGCCCAGGGAAAAUUUGAUCCUCGGACAGGUUGGAAACUCAAGCAUCCUUCAGCGCGUCCAGCCCAGUGUAUAUAAGCCCGGACCAGCCGCCAGUGGCCACCACGGAGCCUUAUCCGCCGCUGCUUUGGACCUGAACCCGAGAGGAACGAGAACCAACAGCGGAUCAACAUGUCGCUCACCUCCAUCCUUUCAGCUGAGGCCAUUGAAAAUGCUGUCAAGGACUGCGCAGCUCCGGACUCAUUCUGCUACAAGAAGUUCUUCCAGCUGUGCGGCCUUUCCUCAAAGACGCCCCAGGAGGUGAAAGACGUCUUCCAGAUCCUCGACGAGGAUAACAGCGGCUACAUUGAGGAAUCUGAGCUCAAGUUUUUCCUGCAGCGGUUUGUCCCUGGGGCACGGACGCUGACCGAAGCAGAAACCAAGAGCUUCAUCUCAGCAGCCGACGAUGACAGCGAUGGCAAAAUUGGAGCAGAGGAAUUCCAGACUAUGGUCCUGUCCUGAGUUUUGCAGACGUAAAGAGCUACGGUCUUCGGGUUUUGCAGUCAUUUCCUCCACCUGUGGAUUCUCCUGGUCUCAUCUUCCAUUCGACUGGAUUCAAUUUGUUUUGCUACUAAAUUCUGCAUGCACCAAUUGUUUUUAAAUGUCCUCCUGUCAUUUUGAAGAAAGCAGAAACCAUGUUUCUUUUUUUCUUGUCUGUGCACCUCGGACAGCGAAUGAGAUGAAUAAACAUGUGGAAACUUA